AUUGUGGAGGCCAAAGGCCAAAGAAAAUAUGCUGUCAGUCCUGUAACAGACAGACUUGUUGAUGAACCAAAGACUAAAGAUGCCUUUAGAGGACAGCUUUGUAACUCAGGGGAAGAAGAUGAAGAAGAAAAAGCAGAAGAGAAAGCAAAAGUGAGCGGUGACGAGGUAGAUAAGAACAAAAAGGAAAGAAAAGCCUCUCCUGCACAGAAUGGCCCAGAGCACUUUGUGUGUCACAUCCCUAAUAGGGAAGUUUGCACAGAUAAACCAGUUGCUGCUAAGAAAGGGAAGAGAGGGAAGCAGAACAAACACAGGGCAUCCCAGACAGGCAGUCAUGCUGACUCCAGCCCUGAAUCUGCUGAUGAUCCAAAGAAACCUCCUGUUCCAUUAAAUGCUGCAGAAGAUGGACGGGCAAAGGGGACUGCAGACAGUUCUAAAACUAAGACAGGCGAAAAGGCAAACAAGAGAGCUUCUCCGUCAGACUGUCAACAGAGUACAUCUAGGACAGACCAAACUGAGUCGGUUUCACAGAUACAAGAGGAUACCAGUCCCAGUCCCGAUGUCAAAAGUCCUUGCCAUGAACACUGCAGUUCUACCACACAUACUGCAGACAACCUCAAUGUUGUGAUUGCAAUGAACCAAGAAUUACAUCAGAAACAGGAAGUGCUUGAUAACAGACCAUCUGAUAGUCAGAGAGGAAUCACAGUGGACAUUAAUGACAACAAUAUAGAUCCUGGCCAUUGUCCUACACAGGAUACCAUACCAUACUCCUUGACUCCACUUUCUUCCUCACCAUCUCCUGUUUCCUCCUCCCCCCCUCUACCUGCCUCAACAGAGCGAGAGGAUGAUCUUCCCACACCUGUCCAGGAAUCACAACCUGUCCUCACAGCCAAGCAACAGUCCUCACUGUCUAUGUGCCACAUCACCACUACACUUUGCUCUCCUUCCCCCACAACACAACACGCCCCUGAUUCCCAAUUUCUUCCUAACAAGAACCUACAAGAGGUCACUGUUGUCCUUCCUACAUCAACUACAUCUGCCACAAGUGUCCCUUUGCCCUCAUUCUCCACUGCCUUGCCAGUAAGCCUGUCCCAGCCUACCCAAGAGUCAUCUUCGCCUGGGUCUGGGACUUUAGAAUCAGCAUGCGUUCCAGACUCUAUUUCUUGCCCCCAGUCUCAGUCCUAUCCACAGUCUCAGCCUAAUCUCAACAUCCAGCCUCACAAACAAGUCAAGCAAGGUCGUGCAUGGAGCACACAAGACAGGUGCAGAGGCCCCAUUUUGGCUGAGGACGAGACAGACAGCGAGGAUGAUGGAGGACAGCCUCGACGUGGUCACAGAUCCCAGCCCAGAGGCGUUGCAAGAAACAGAAACGGAUCCACGCACAAAGAGUCUGGUCCAUCCAGUCAGCGGGAAAUGCAGCCUUUCUCUGCCCAUCAGAUAAGCGACAGACAGUCUGGCUGUCCAAUCAACCACAGCCACAAGAUUUCUGAAGAGAUCGACCUAUCCUUCAAGAACAAUUGUUCCAUAUUGGCUUCCUGUAAUGAAUCUGAGAGUGAGGGGUCAGUGCCUGAGCUGGAGGAGUCAGAACCCUUGAGACCAUCAGAGCCCCAGUCUAUCUCCUCUGCAGAUGAGGGGCUAAACAGACCAAAACAGAGCCGCAGUGAGAAGAAGGCCCGCAAGGCCAUGUCUAAACUGGGCCUGAAGCCGGUCCAUGGCGUGACCAGGAUCACCAUUAGGAAGUCCAAGAGUAUCUUGUUUGUCAUCAGCAGACCAGAUGUGUUCAAAAGCCCCGCGUCCGACAUUUACAUUGUGUUUGGAGAGGCAAAGAUUGAGGACCUGUCUCAGCAGGCUCACAAAGCAGCUGCAGAGAAAUUCAAGGUGCCUGUGACCUCUUCUCCCUUGGCCCCACCUGUUCCACCCAGCCUCACCAUCAAGGAGGAGAGCGAGGAGGAGGAAGAAGAGGUGGAUGAGGGAGGUCUUGAGCAGAGGGACAUUGAGCUGGUGAUGGCUCAGGCCAACGUGUCACGAGCCAAGGCUGUCCGUGCACUGAAACACAACAAGAAUGACAUUGUGAAUGCUAUCAUGGAGCUGACCAUGUGAGUGGUGAGGAUGACCUGACCCCCUCCUCCAGCCUAUAAAGCCUAAACGCCACUGACUCUUCUGUAUCGCUGCUACUGUAUGUUGCAUCCCCAGUAUCUGCUAAAUAAAGUCUGUUCCAACGU